AUGGCCUUGAUCCAAAACCCUAAUAUGAUGAAACAUGUUCCAUUUCUAAGAAACUCAACUCCACAACAAACACUCUUUCUUCCCCACACUCUCUCACUCCCAAGUUCUAAAAGCAACUCCAAAAGACUUGUAGUUGCCAAUUUUUCUUCUUCUUCUCUAUUAUCACCAGUGAUCCAAUCUUCUCCGGUUGCUUCGCCUUCUUCUCCUCCUCGUCAAUCGGUUUAUCGUGCACCGCAGUCCCCGUGCUCAGGUGAGGUUGCGACUCUACCGUUAUCUCGGGUUUGGAGAGAGAUACAAGGAUGUAACAACUGGAAAGAUCUCAUCGAACCAUUAAACCCUCUUCUCCAACAAGAGAUCACUCGCUAUGGAAACUUAGUUUCCACUUGUUACAAAGCCUUCGAUCUAAACACUAAUUCCAAACGUUACUUGAACUGCAAGUAUGGAAAGCAAACCCUACUUAAAGAAACCGAAGUCGACCAACCUGAGGACUACCAAGUCACCAAAUACAUCUACGCCACACCGGACAUCAACAUCAGUCCGAUUGAGACGAAUAGACGAGCACGUUGGGUAGGCUACGUUGCAGUUUCAUCAGAUGACUCGGUGAAACGUUUAGGGAGGAGAGACAUUGUGGUGACCUUUCGUGGAACGGUAACUAACCCCGAAUGGUUAGCAAAUCUCAUGAGCUCCUUAACUCCGGCUAGGUUCCAUCCUCAUAACCAGCGUCUCGACGUGAAGGUGGAAUCCGGAUUCUUGAGUUUAUACACAUCCGAAGAGAGUGAGAGCAAAUUUGGACUAGAGAGCUGCAGACAACAGCUUCUGUCUGAAAUCUCGAGACUGGUAAACGAGUACAAAGGAGAAGAGAUGAGUAUCACACUCGCGGGCCAUAGCAUGGGAAGCUCAUUGGCUCAACUUCUUGCUUAUGACAUUGCGGAACUAGGUUUAAACCGGAGGAACAGCGAGGGAGAUAUUCCGGUGACAGUGUUCUCUUUCGCAGGUCCUAGGGUUGGUAACUUGGAGUUCAAACAACGUUGCGAGGAGCUAGGAGUUAAGGUUUUGAGGAUCACUAACGUCAACGAUCCGGUCACUAAACUUCCCGGUGUUUUAUUCAACGAGAAUUUUAGGGUUUUAGGUGGCGUUUAUGAGCUCCCAUGGAGCUGCUCAUGUUAUGCUCACGUUGGGGUGGAACUCACGCUAGAUUUUUUCGAUGUUCAAAACAUUCCUUGCGUUCACGAUCUCCAAACUUAUAUCGAUCUUCUAAAUCAACGGAGAAUAAGUUCGAGAUCAGCAAGUUCCGAGAAAGAUGAUGAGGACGGUGACAAUUUUGCCUUAGAAUUUUUGAAGAAAAAUGGUGAAAAGAUGAUGUUAUUGAAGGAACAAAGAAUGACACAUUGGACAAAUGUUGUGGAUCUACUUUUUUCUGUAUCUAACCAUAUGUUGUAUUGUAAUAUUUUUUAG